AUGUUACAAUUGGUUAAGAUUUCUGUUAUCCAAAUGACACAACAGAAAAUACCGCGUGAUUCCUCAAUCUCAGUUAAUGCGAUAAGUCGGCCUUUCCAGGGGCUUUUGCUCGUACCUCGGUUCGGAUUUCGUUCUGGGAAAGAGUCGUAUAUUAACGAGGAGAUCCAGGAACUGCUUGUUGGGAUGAAUGAGGAAUGGGAGGGAAAUGUGUUCCCAAACCACCUUGGUAGCACGAAGAUGGGUUCGAAGAAGAAUCUGAAUCACAUGCCGUGGAUAGGAGAGACGGAGUGGCAGGGACAUGAGCCAAGACAGGAGAAUGUUUGUAUCACGAAUCGGAUAGCAUUUGGGACAACGCCAGUCGUCUGUAUACGACAAUUCGGAGCGCACUGGCUCAAUCGCAAUCGGCCUUUCAAGCUGGAAUGCUAUCAUUUUUCAUUGGUAGCCCCGAACGAAGAAUGGUUGCAUCGAGGAAGGCUUGGUCUUGACGAUUGUGCAGAUGCUGAAGGAAGAAAGGCGGGGGUGUCUUGGCGCCGUGCGCAGGUCGGUGUGAAACGGGUGGAACCCCGCACGGGCACGUGCCCGGACUAUUCACGGAAUCGUGCACAAGGGAAAGGGGAAAAUGCGUGUGCCACCGUGACUCGCCAUGACAUGAAGAAGCAGCCAAAGCCCAGAGCACGCCACCCACAGAAGACAGUAGAUAAACUCCAGAACCGGGAGCCAGACUCCGACGCCAUUGCCGCCAUCGCAUGUAUGAGAAGAUGCAGAAACAUUGAAGAAAUUAGGGAAAAGUUUUCAAGGCCUCACAGGGUUCGAGAAUUCCAGGCCCUCCAUGCGAAAGAUCACACGGUGGCGCCAUUGCUAGCGGGCCCGGUCAUUGUCGGUGUUGCUGCUAGCAGAUACACCUUGAUGCCGAGUCUGACGUAGUAUUAAAGAGAGACUCCGUGGAUAUGCAGAUUAAUCGAAAGCUGGAUGUAUAGUCUAUGAAAGAUCCAUUGGG